AUGCGUGGUCUCUCUCAUGGUGGUGUCAGUGAAGACUUUCUACGUACUAUGUGGCUUCAACGACUGCCUUCACAAACACAAGCUGUAUUAGCAACAUCUUCCGAAGCUCUUGAUAAACUCGCAGUUAUGGCGGAUAAAAUCCAAGCCAUAUCAGCACCUCAAUCAACAGUGGCUGCUGUACAAUCUUUUCCUGAACUAAUAGAUCUUCAACAACAAAUUUCAACUUUAAGCACAGCAGUAAGUAACCUUCAGAAAAAACGCUUUCAACACAGGAGUCGAUCGAGUUCUCGUGGACGUUACAAGGCUGAGUCAGCUGCGAAUACAUCAGAAUGGUGCUAUUAUCAUCGUCGAUUUGGACCUAAAGCUCGGAAUUGUCGACAGCCCUGCACCUUCAAGCAACGUCGUCAGGGAAACUCGCCGGCCGGUCACUAG